UAUAUGCUUGUGUUUUGUAGUUCUCUCAACAAUAACUAUGAUGUUUUAUAAAGUUUUAAUAACAUUGUCAGUGACAGCGAUAUAUAUUAUAAAGUAUAGUGAUGCUGGCAACGAAGAUAAUGUUGACAACUAUAUAGAGGUUCUGAGCAAUUGGAAUGAUUGGAGAUCAUAUUUUAGUGAAACUGUAAAAAAAUACUAUGAGUAUGGUAAAGAACAAAAAUGUGAUAAGAAUAAUCUUCUAAAGUCUCCAGAGCAAUAUUGUUUUUUUAUCUUUCCACAGAGUCAAAGUGAAUGGAAAAUAGGUACCAUUACAAUAUUUUAUAUUCAAAUGUUUCUUUAAUAUAACUUUACAUUUUCACAAAUUUUAGUAUUUAAUUUGUGUCAAAAUAUAAUUUUUAACAAUUAUUGAUAAAUACAUUAUUCAUAAUUAUCCAACUCUAUGAUUAUACUCACAAUCAUAGUCCAUGCAAUCUCUUAUCACGGCUGUCGAAUACUCACAAGUAUAUAUCCGAUAUUAUAGCUAUCAUAUGUAUCAUUCUCCUAUAUAAUAUCAUCAUUAUCCCGCUGUUGUUUUCUAUUUUAAUAGACCCCUUGUCUUUUUUCGUCACUUAUGUCAUACCAUAUUUUAUACUCUGUCUCAAAUAAAGGCAACUCAGGUAACAUAUAAUUUCGUGCAACUUGUCAAAUCUUGGCACUCUAGUCUACCUGCAUGUUGGUACUUUUCAAAUCGUAUUGAGAAGACCGUUGCCUACUCGUUAAUGUAAAAGGUCCUAGGUGUAACCUCUAUAACUAAACACAUACGUGCAGGCGUACCAAAAGUUUCCUGCCAUUCACCGUUUUUCUACUGAGCGAUCAGCAUAUACCAUCGACAUAUCAUUUAACCAAAAUGUUACACUUUUACUAUUUGCUGACUCACACUUUUUACCAUGACUUAUUCGAAACAAUUCCAGAGCAAUCAUCCACUUUCAAAAAUUAAAUACAGCAAUGGACUGAUUCCAUCACAAAUGGAAACUGAAAAUAAAUGCACAAAAGACAUUUGCAUCUAAGGCCGCAACGAAUUUUGGAAGUGGGUCCAACAUUUUUUUUUUAACAGAUAUUUAAAUUAUUAUAUAGUCAAUAAACUAUAUUCUUAACUAAAAUGUUUCUACUUUUAAAAAUUUAAAUAUUCCAAGGGAAGCAGGAGUUAGGGGCCUUGGACUCAGCCCGGCUCCCCAGUUACGGCUUUAGUUGCAAUUAUGUUCCAUUAUUCUAGAGCAUUUACUGAUUUCAAAGUCAAAAUAAACAGACCUUUGUUCCAGUAUUGUAUAUUUAAAAUAAGAAAGUCACAAUAAAAGGAAACAUAAUAAUUUAGUAAACUUUGAGGUUUUUUUAGAAACGUUUACAAGCUAAAAGUGUACACCGUUUAUCUUUAACUUCUAAAAACGCUGUGUUUAACACUUGUUAGUGACUCCCAAAAAUACCGCUGUGUAAAAAUAAGAUUGAGGUUACUUUUAUUUGAGUCACGUUAUUGUGUUAUCACUUUCUGGAUUUAUCUAUAAUAAAUUAUAAUUGUUGCUUAUUCUACAUGACAUAUAACAUUAAUUAUCAAACAUAAUAUAAACACAACUUAAAUAAAAAAAUGAUCAUGAUAUUAUUGUAAUCAAAAUUGUCCAUACUGAAACAUUUAUAACCUCGUAAUAAUUUAUAAUUAUUAAAUAUUUUAUUGCAUUUAUAUAGUUAAUUCCUACAAUA